AUGCCCAUCCUGAAAAACUUCAUUCUCCCAGCCUCCGCCAGGCUCCUCGCCCUGCCUGAAGCCCCCAAGGCGAAGCUCUUCAUUGCGUUCAUCGCCUCUGACGAUCCGAUCACCGGCCAGCCCUGGUGCCCCGACGUGCGGGCUGCGUGGCCCCAUAUCCAAGGCGCGUUCUUGGCCGAAGAGGCGCCAACCGUGGCUAUUGUCGCCGUCGGACAGAGAGAAGAAUGGAGAGAUCCCAAGAAUGUGUACCGCAGCAGCUGGAAUGUCCAUAAUGUGCCUGUGCUGGCCCGGUACCAGCGGGUGGAUGGGCGAGUCGUCGAGACUGGCCGGUUGACAGAGGGAGAAAUCUUGGACUCGGCCAAAAUGGACCCCAUAACAGCUGCCGGGCUGGCCCUGGCAAUCCCCCCCCUGGCCUUCCAGGUGUUUGCCGGCUGCAUCCAGGGCUUCACCACGCUGUCGUCGGCGCAGAAUCUCGGCAAAGACGCCAGCUUCCUGCUCACGAUGCUGACCGUCGAGGAGUACCGCUGUCUGCAGUGGGCAGACGCCGUCGGACUGACCACCACCAACUGCAUCGCGCCGCAGGUCAACCAGCGCCUCGCCGAAGAGCUGCUCGUCCAGCUGCGCGACCGACUCGACAGUUCCAAGCUGCGGCAGCGAUACUCGCUCGACCUGCUGGUCGACAGCCGCGAGGAGCCUCAAAAGGUGCCAGUGGAAGAACCCCUGCCCAUGCUGGCCGUGUCGAGUCAACGCCGCGGGGAGAUCCUCGCCCGGGCGCAGCUCAUCCAGAGCCAGGCGUCGCUGCCGCGGCGGCUGUGGUGGGCGGCCGUCGACAAGGCCAAGUUCCAGGAUCUCGUUCACGAUCUGCGCCAGAUCGUCGACGCCCUGUGGAAUCUGCUGGAGCCGCUGCGCCUGCGCGAGCUGGCGCAAACCGUCGGCCACACGUUGACGGCCGUCGUGGACAUGAGCCGGGAUAUCACCGCCCUCAAAGCCCUCCAGGCCAGCUGUACCCGGGCCACCGUCUUCCCCGGGGAUGCCAUCCUGGCCACCGCCGUGGGCCUGAAGGUGGAGCGCGCGCAGAUGGAGAAGAAGGCCGGAGAAGAUCCAGUCCAUCCUCUGCAUCGCAGCCUGCUCCAACGGUCGCCUGCGCGCGGUGUCUAUCCGGGGGAGUACGAGGGCAAGACGGUCCUGUGUGAGUCGAAGCCGGUGCAUCCCCGGCUCAAGGCGAAGCUGCGGCGACGGUCGGAGAACCUGGCGCGCCUCCUGUCCGGGCCUCGGGCGGGUUCGUUCAUGACUCUGGCCUGUCUCGGGGUGGUGGAAGACGUCGACGAGUUCGUCUUUGUGUACGACUAUCCCCCCGGCGCAGACAUCACCGCCCAUCCGCGCUCGCUGCACGAUCUUCUACGCGACUCCAAGAUGAGGGCGCCGAGUGUGACGGCCCGGGUCAGACUGGCGUUGGCGAUCUGCCAGACCCUCUUGACCGUCCAUACCUCUGGCUGGCUGCACAAGAACAUCCGGUCAGAGAAUAUCCUCUUCUUCGCCCCCGAUGCCACCCUACAACCGUAUCUGGCGGGCUUCACGUUUGCGCGCGCCGACUCUCCCCUGGAGAUCAGCGAUCAGGCAUCCGAAGACCCCCUGUCGGACGUCUACCGCCACCCACAGGCGCUGGGCGACCCUUCGUGCUCGUACGCCAUGUACAUGGACCUCUACUCGCUGGGGGCGGUCUUGCUGGAGAUCGCCGAAUGGAGACCGCUGAAACAUAUCGUGCGCAAACACAUCGACGUGGCGGACAGGGAGUGUGAUGUUUCCCUCGCCGCUCUGGCAGCCACUCAGGACUGGCUUGUCCGCGAGGUCGUCGAUAGGGGUCUGCUCGAGUUCCGGAUGGGAGACGUCGUCGGCAGACCUUUUGGCUUUGCAGAGUUUUGUCCAUAA